AUGGCCGAUAACAUGCAGACCCGCGAGACCAAGCCCUCUCAAGGCAACCCGGCAGCGCCCAGUGCCAGUCUGUUCCGGCUCGACGGUCGCAGCAUCAUCAUAACCGGAGGCAUCGGCUUCCUAGGCCUGACCGUCGCCGAGUCCGUCCUCGAAAGCGGCGGCGACGCCUACUGUCUGGACUACCUAGAUGGCCCGCGACCAGAGGCAUGGGAACCCCUCGAAGAAACCGCAAAGAAAUACUCCGGAGUCGUCAAAUACCACAAAUGCGACGUCACAGACGCCGAAAACGUCACACAGGCCAUAUCAGCCGUAGCCUCAACCGCCCGGUAUCCCAUCCGCGGGCUCGUCGCCUGCGCCGGCGUCUCAGAUAAAGACCCCGCGACCGAAUUCUCAGUCGACCGGUUCCGACGCCUCAUGGACAUCAACAUCACAGGGACAUUCCUAUCCGCACAAGCGGUCGCGCGCGAGAUGCGCAGGGCCAACGUCAGCGGCAGCGUGGUGCUAGUCGCCAGCAUGAGCGGGACGAACGUGAACAAGGGCGUCGAUACAGCUGCGUACAACACGUCCAAGUCUGGGGUUCUGCAGCUGGCGCGGUCUCUUGCUGCCGAGUGGGGGGCGCGUGCUGGGAUGCCGCUUAUCAGGGUGAAUACGUUGUCACCUGGGUAUAUUCGGACGGCGGCGACGGAGGAUACCCUGAAGAUUCCUGGGAUUGAGGAGCUGUGGAGUGGGGAUAAUAUGUUGAAUCGGCUCAGCACGGUGGAUGAGUUCAGGGCGCCGGUCCUGUUUUUGCUUGGAGAUGGGAGUAGCUUUAUGACGGCGUCGGAUUUGCGUGUUGAUGGGGGGCAUUGUGCUUGGUGA